UAUUUUUACCUGGGCGCCACCUGUCGUCGAUCAACGGAAAGGCUUCAGAUUGGUUCAAGGGUUGCCUGGAUACAACGCAACAAAUGCGGACCGUCACCUCACACGUCUGAAUGCAAGCUGGGAAGAGUUAACAUUAGCUUCACUUUUCUUCGUUAGCUGUUUUAUUUGGCUCUUAUAUUUAGUAUUUCAUUAGCAAGUUAGGUCAUAUAUCGGAUAAAAAUGACAUCGGUGGUUCAGUACGGCCGAAGAAGAGGCUCCAGUAAGAGAGUGUCUUCAGCCGAGGAAGCCAGCAGGAUGAUCCAACCACCAGACCUCCGACAAGUCACUGUCUUAACCAAGGCUGAAUGGCUGAGGAUUCAGGAUGAAUUGAACCGGGUUAAUAAAGACAAGGAGAGUAUGAGAGAGGCAGCUAAACAGAGAGAGGCCCUGCACAUGCAAUCAAAAGAGGUGGUGAAGCUGUGGUCCAAUACCUUCGCUGGUCAAAGGCAAAAAAAGCUUGAGGCAAAGAAGAUUCGGGAGCAGAUUGAGGAGGAGAAAAGGAAACUGACUGAUAUAGAAGAGGCCAAAUAUCAGGAGCAGAAGCGGAAAGAGGCCAUUCAAAAAGCCAAGACGCAGCUGUAUUAUCAAACCGACCGUGUUAAAGGAUUACAUCGUGCGCUCUUGCUGACAGAGGUACUGAAGGAAAGGGAGACUCAGAUUGAAGUGAAGCAGAGAAUCAAGAGUGCAUCUAAAGACGUGGACAAAGAAUUCAUGAAUAUGGUAAAGGCAAGAGAGGACGAAGCCUUGAGACAGGAGCAGGAGAAAGCACUUGAGAAAAAGCUCAAGCAACAGGCUGUUGCAGAGGACCUGAAGCACCAGAUCAUGGGAAAUGAGCAAGUGAGAGAGCGACAGAAGAUAGAGAACAAAAAGGAUGGAGAGGAAACCCAGCGACUUCAAGAACUCUUUCAGUGGGAGCAAAGAAUGGAGGAAGAAAGACAAGCACAGCAGAAGAGAAACCUUAUGCAAGCUCACCUGGAACAUAUAACCAAUAGGGACCUCAUAAGAGCGACAGAUGCACAAAAACAGGAGGCCGAAGAGGAGCAAAGGAAACUUUUUCUCUCUGCAAAACAAAAAAUGAUGAAGUUACGGAAAGACAAAGAAAGAGAAUUGUUUAGAGAGGCUCAGCUGCGCAGGGAAAUGAUCAUGAACAAACUGACGGUUAAACAGCAGGAGCAAACUGUCAGCGAGGAGCAGAGUAUCGCAAGGGCUGUCGCUGAGCGCGAUGCAAAACAGGCACAGCAGCAGUGGGAGGAGGAGAUGAAGAGGGCUACUAUGUUGAAGUCAAUCGUUGCACAUAGAGAAUUCUUGAGACAAGAAAAGGAGCAGAGGGACAAAAUGGCAAAACAAAACACUCAAGACACACUUCAGGCCCAGAAAAAGGCUGACAGAAUAUUUUCUGAGAAACAACAACUAAAGGCUCUGAAGAUCAAAGGAGAUGGAAGAAAAGUACAAGAAUUCAAUGCCACACAGAUGGCUGAAAAAAGUGCUAGGCUUCAGCAGCUGAGAAGAGAAGAACACGAGUGGGAGGAGAAGAACGCAGAGCUCAUGGCUGAGGAGGAGAACCAGUUUCAACAGUAUUCACAGCACAUCAUCAGGGCAGCGGCGGAGGCUCAGCGAAAUGUGUUUCCACUUUGCAAAGCUGCGAGGGAAGGGAUUGGAGCCGCUUCCAGUGCAGUCAGGCCCAGCUUCCUCGUUCAGGACCGUACUGGUGCUCAAAUGCCAAAAUAUGUCUCCGGUGCCACCCAGAACAUUAAAAUGCUUAAUGAGGCUGUAGAUAUUCAAGAAGCAAAGAGGAGACUUGGAUUCACAUGGUGA